AUGCCAACUUCGCCUCUAUUUUUCAUCGCCCUUCUGGCCAUCGUUGCCGUUUCCAAUGCUGUGGAAGAAGCGACAUGCAUUCGAGCCGACGUCGUGACAAAAUCGACCGUUUUCCGGAAACUGGGAGUUUGCUACGAGCGCGUUACCGAGGGGUGGAGUGGUGAUCAAGCGGCGAAUAUUUGCAAGCACAUCGAGGCGAUGCCGGAAUGUCCUUGUUCCGCAGAAUUCGUUGAAGAAUACGACGCUUUGAACUGCCGAGACCAGCACUUCUUGAGCCAGCGGCUGCAAUGUGAAAAAGAUCUCAGCCCACCACCGGCUAGUUGUGCACCGCUAUACCCGGAUAACGGGGACUGCAAUCAGCAUGGCUGGUACCUGGACUGUGUCUACGCCGCUGAGGCUGCCGCCUGUGAUCGCUCUCGGGAAUACAAGAUCUACCUCUACAACCAGAAAUUGAUGCAGCUGAAACACUCUGGAGACGUCGAGUGCCGUGCCGAGAAGAUCAACGUGAUUGAGUGGGUGCAGGACCAUCUC